UGUGGCCAACCAGUGUCUUACGCUUUGAGUGGGUUUUGUUUCUCUAUAAACAAACCAGGAAGAAGGGAAUUCCUAAGAGUGAGUGCACUAUUAAUACAAUAUCCAGGGUCUGAGCUUGAGAGAGAGAUGAGUUCUGUUGCAGUGAAGGAAGGGAAGAAACCACAUGCGGUUUGCAUACCAUACCCAGCCCAGGGCCACAUAAAUCCCAUGCUCAAGCUGGCAAAGCUUCUUCACCACAGGGGCUUCUACAUCACCUUCGUCAACACUGAAUUUAAUCACAAACGCCUACUCAAGUCAAGAGGCUCUGAUUCUCUCAAGGGCUUACCUGAUUUCCAGUUCCAGACCAUCCCGGACGGUCUCCCUCCUUCUGAUAUAGAUGCCACCCAAGACAUCCCAGCCCUCUGUCAGUCUACCAGCACUACUUGCUUAGUUCCCUUCCGCAACCUCCUCUCCAAACUCAACACCACACCCCACAUCCCUCCGGUCACUUGUGUAGUCUCUGAUGGUGCCAUGAGCUUCACCCUUCAAGCUGCUGAGGAAAUUGGAGUCCCUGAAGUACUAUUCUGGAUGACCAGUGCCUGCGGUUUCUUGGCCUGCAUGCACUAUCCCCAUCUUGUGGAAAGAGGCCUCGCACCUCUCAAAGAUGCGAGCUACCUAUUGAAUGGCUACUUGGACACCCCAUUGGAUUGGAUUCCAGGAAUGAAUGGUAUCCGUUUAAAGGAUAUUCCUACUUUUGUUCGAACUACAAAUCCCGAUGACGUCAUGCUCAACUUUGUCAAGGGAGAAGUAGGGAGAGCUUACAAAGCUUCUGCAAUAAUUUUAAAUACCUUUGAAAUCCUUGAGAAGGACGUCGUGGAUGCACUCUCAACGAUGUUGCCUCGCGUUUACACCAUCGGUCCUCUUCCCUUGAUGUUGGAUCAGAUUAAAGAUGAUAGAUUGAGCUCUAUCGGGUCCAAUCUAUGGAAAGAAGAAUCAGAGUGUCUUGAAUGGCUUGAUUCCAAAGAACCCAGUUCUGUGGUUUAUGUGAACUUUGGGAGCAUCACAGUAAUGACGCCUCAGCAACUCGUGGAGUUCGCCUGGGGUCUAUCUAAUAGCAACCACACCUUUUUGUGGAUCAUAAGGCCCGAUCUUGUAGAGGGCGACUCGGCCGUUCUGCCGUCCGAGUUCGUGAGCCAAACCAAAGAGAGAGGAAUGCUAUCAAGUUGGUGCCCACAGGAGAAAGUGCUGAACCAUCCAGCCAUAGGUGGUUUCUUAACGCACAGUGGGUGGAACUCUACACUGGAAAGCAUUUGUGGUGGUGUGCCUAUGGUUUGUUGGCCAUUCUUUGCGGAGCAGCAAACUAACUGCAGAUACUCCUGUACUCAUUGGGGGAUAGGUACCGAGAUGGACAACAAUGUUAAAAGGGAUGAGGUUGAGAAGCUCGUGAGAGAGUUGAUGGAGGGAGAUAAGGGUAAAGAGAUGAAGACUAAGGCCAUGGUGUGGAAAAAGAAAGCAGAGGAGGCCACCAGUCCCGAUGGCUCUUCUCUCCUCAAUUUUGACAACUUGGUGGACGAGAUACUCCUUUCCAAUCGUCUGCUUCCUUGACAGAUUUGAUGGUACUGUAUUCAACAGAUUGUGAAGUGAGUUUGUCUGCAUUAUCAGUCUUAUAUAUAUUCUGCUUUCUCUUUUUAGGAGCAGUUUUAUAGUUCGUCUUCGUUUUCUACUAUUUACAUAAUUAUUAUUGUAUUUUAAUUUUCCAUUAUAUAAAUGGAUAUCAUGUUGGAUUUACCA